CCCGCUGCAGUAUCUCGUGUCGCCUUUGCGCGCAACGACUCGUGCUUGCUUUUGAAUUUAUUUAGUUUAUUUGAUCAAUAUUAUGAAUCGAGAUGAGUGCUGGGAUACCGUUGACGUUUCAACGCACAGUGGUACAUACAACGUUUGUAGAGCAUGAAAUCUUAAAAUUGCGUUUAGUUUAUAAAUGACAUACCGAAGCCGAAACAAAGAUGGAUGGAGAUCAAUUCGUGUGCGAGUCGUUCUCGGAUAAAUUAUAUGUGCCAAAACGAUCCUUCAGGAAAUACGUUAAGCCCUGGCACGUAGCAUUGUGUGUGGCAGUGAUUAUUAUAAUAAUUAUUAUUAUCGCUACGACCGCCACUAAAAAAGGAAACAUCGCCAACAAGGACAAACAGGCAGCGGAAUACGUUUCAUCUGGAGUGAUAAUAAGCGAUGGUUAUAGCCUCGUGAGAUACGAUCCCAAAGACAAAAGCACCAAACGCAUUCUGAGGACUGACAAAAUUAUAGGCUCCUUCGACUUGUACAAGGAUACGACAUUUUGGAGCGAGCCCAACGCUUCGAAAAUCGUAUCUGUGAACAAUGAAAAUGGGGAUGUAGCAUACAAAAAUGCCGAAGUUAUUUUUGAUAAUCCGAGGUUCAAGGUUCAAGCGAUGGAAGUGGAUCACUUCACCGAAAAAUUGUACGCCAUCGAUAAAACGACUGGAACAGCUAUUGUCAUUGAUUUGAAGACUAAACAGUACGGUAUAUUGCUGACGGACCUAAAACAGCCACACGAUAUCCUUUUGGAUGCUACGAAAGGAUUGAUGUUCAUUUUACAACCUACAGAAUCGAUUCUCCGUUUGAACAUGGAUGGCACAUCUCUAAUCGAACUGAUUCGAUACUCUAAGUACAUCUCUGCGAUGACGCUUGAUCACAAGAAUAAGAUGAUUUAUUGGAUCAACGAUUACAAUACCAUUUUACGCUCGGACUAUCUUGGUUUGAACCGGGCACAUAUUUUCAAAGAUCAAAUCUUCAUAAUCAGUUUAACCGUAUCCGACGAUCAGCUGUUCUGGCUGUGGCCGAGCAACGGCGUUCACAAUGCAACUCUGUGGUCUUGUCGAAUUCAAACGAACGACACGACUUGUCAAUCUCAUCAAAUUCAAUCGAUCGGACUCGCCAACGCCACAUCCGUCAAAUCUCUCUCGCAUAGAGGAAACUUCGAUGUUUCGAACCCUUGCAUCCGCCACAAGAAUAUUUGUCAGCACAUGUGCCUCUUAUCGUCGGAAUUUAACGCAGGACGCAGUUGCGCUUGCCACGUGGGCUGGGAAUCGCGUUCGGAUCCGAGAAGUUGUCAGCCCGUGAAAGAAUUCCUGCUCUACGUUCUCGGAAGUACCGUGAGAGGACGAAUCCUCAAUUUCCAAAAAGAUACCUUCACGGAGGUCUUUUUUCCAACAGCGUUGAAUACGAAAUCCCUCAACAAGAAGGGAACAGUCGAUUUCGAUUACGACCCGCACAAUGACGUCUUCUACGUUAGUGACGACGUCCACGUUUACCAGAUGAACUUGAGGCAUCCAUCCAAUCAGACGAUCCUCCUGACAGCCAGCAGCUUUCAUUACAUCGAGGAUCUGGCAUUCGAUUGGUUAUCGAUGAAUUUGUAUUACUCCAACUGCUCGAAAUUCUCUAAUAACACCCACUUUCUGCACGCGAUGAACGUCAGAGAGACUAACAAAUUCAAGCGCACCGUGAGGUCUUUCACCUACCGCGACGGCUUCGGACUCAAAGGCUGUCCUUACGGCACGGUAAUCGACGCUUCCGAGGGCAACGUUUUCUUCUCCGCCGAAGAAAGCUUCUUCAGAUCCAUCUAUCGGACGACACUGAACGGCACAAGGCUCAAGAUGGACAGCAAAAACAUCGAUUACGUUCAUCAGUACAGAAUCCUCGCGAUCGAUCACGAGGAAAAACGAUUUUACUGGAUUCAUCGAAGUGGCCUUGAGACGAGAAUCAGGAACGUCGGAUUCGACGGCACCGACGAAAACUACGUUCACGUAAUGACUGUGUCAAACGCUAGAACCAUUUCCGUGUACAAGGACUGGAUGUUUCUGAGCAACGACUUGAGCAUCUGGCGCGGUAACAAGGCUACGGGCAAAGAUUUUCAACGAGUCAUACCGCGAUCUGGAUCCGAUUUGAGCGAGCCGGUAUCGGCUAUAAAAAUCGUCGAUUUGACUCUUCGCGCACCGGACGAUAAGAAUUCGUGCGGCAAGAAUAACGGAGGAUGCGAGCAGUUUUGCUACGCUUCGCCGAAAAAAACGUGCGGAUGCGUUGACGAUCGAAAUCUCCGGGAUAAUGGUCACUGUUAUUAGCGAUGCAGUUUACUGCGAUUACUGAUUUUUUUUUGUUUUUAUUUAUCAUUAUUAUACGGUUUUUUUAUCAAUGUUAAUUCCAUUACACGGUAUAGAAUACUUUGUUAAUGAGCGCUUCAAGUCUCGCUACAAAAGAACGUAUAACAAGCUCGUUAAAAAACAUUCUUAUAAGAUUGUUUUGCAUCGUACAUCAUUUACCCAUGUACACCAGGCUACAAUUUUUAAACAUAAAAGUAAUAUACGAAAAGUAAAA